CAACCACAGACGAGCUAAAUGAUUCGGGGUCGCAAACAACAUACGUCAAACGUAACAUGACGAGCGUGGCCGUGACGAGCGUGACGUCGCUGAAACGAGUAAAUAAUAGCGAUGCUGAGCCACACUCCUUCACCAGUUGGUGGCGGUAAUGCGCCACUCGUUGUUCGCCAACCGCCAAACGACCCCAGAAGAAGAAGAAGACGAGGAAGCCCGUUCUCCGCCAGCUCGAGUCUGUCCUGCUCCGCGUCCAGCUGAUCGGGUUCGAUUCCUCUCGGUUCACGGUCUCUCUCUUCCGGCGUCGGUCCUGGACAUGUCUUUGGUGGCGGCGGUACGGAGGGUGGCUCACGUCGCGGUACGGGACUACUCGCGGAGGUCGGCGGCGGCUCGCGGAGCCUGGCUGGCGGGGAGGAGGAACUUCACCGGCGGCUCGCAGCCCGUGAGGUCGGAGAACAAGGUGACGAUCCACUUCGUCAACAGAGACGGGGAGAAGAUCACGGUGAAGGGUUCGCCCGGAGACUCGCUGCUGGACGUCGUCAUAAAUGAAGACCUUGACUUUGACGGCUUUGGAGCGUGUGAGGGAACGCUGGCGUGCUCCACAUGCCAUCUAAUCUUUGACGAGGACGUCUACAAGGACCUGGGACCGGUCACGGACGAGGAGCUGGACAUGCUCGACUUAGCGUACGGCCUGACGGACACAUCUCGUCUGGGCUGCCAGAUCUGUCUGACCAAGUCUCUGGAGGGCGUGGUGGCUCGGGUCCCAGAGAGCGUAGCAGACAUCCGACAGAGCAAAGACGAGUCCGUUUAACCUGCCGCCGCGGAGCGUGGGGGUAGACGGUGUUGUUGUGUCCGCUGAAUUCCGUCGUACCCACCGAAAACAAGCCGACUGAAAGGAAACCAGCUCUGGACGCCUCAAAGACCCUCCACCCCGACGACACGUUUUAUUUUACAACGUAUAUAUUCCACUGUUGGUUUGAUAGAAUCUAUCAUGUAUCCCGUGUAAUUUCACCAUAUGAUUGUACAUAGCUAGAACUCACACAUCUACGUAUACAGUGAAAAAUAAUGUAAUAAAUCACCUUUCUAAAA